CUUUUAAUAAUAUGUCUGUAAUUGUGAUUUUAGAUAGCAUUCAGCUUGUACAGUGCUUUCAUGAAUAUCUCGGCCCAGCACUAAGAGAGGUCAUGACACAGUCAGUGGGGAAUACCUUUACAGAGCCAAGCUGGGAUGUUUAAGUAACAAGAGGCCGGAUCUGUUUGGAGGCCUGCACCCCCCGGUUCACCAAACAAUUCACAUGGAAGAGUUUAACAAGACAUUUGUAACCGAAUUCAUACUUCUGGGAAUCACCGACCUCCCUCAGCUAAAGUCAAUACUCUUUAUAACUUUUCUUAUGUUCUACCUCUUGAGCUUUGUUGGUAAUUUAAGCAUUGUGGCAGUGAUUAUUGCUGAUCAUGGUCUUCACACUCCAAUGUACAUGCUGUUGUGUAACCUUUCCUUCUUGGAUUUCUUCUAUGCAACUACGACAGUCCCCAAGAUGUUGUCCGGUUUACUUCUAGAAGACAAGAAAAUAUCUUUCCAAGGUUGCAUAACCCAGCUCCACAUUUUUCAUUUCUUAGGUAGCACUGAAGCCAUGCUUCUUUCAUCGAUGUCUUAUGACAGAUAUGUUGCCAUUUGUAACCCCCUGAGAUACCAGGUCCUCAUGGCAAGGGAGGUCUGUUUCCAACUGGCAUUCACGUCCUGGCUCAUUGGUUUUUUAUAUUCAUUGUUUCAUACAAUUUUGACUUCCAGGCUUCCUUUCUGUAAUAUGAAUGAAAUAACCCAUUUCUACUGUGAUAUUAAGCCUCUGUUAAAGUUGGCGUGUACCGACACACAUAUAAAUGAGAGUUUGGUCAAUAUUGUCACAGGUUCUGUAGCUCUAGGCUCAUUUAUUCUAAUAAUAAUCUCCUAUAGCUUUAUUGCAACCCAUCUCCAGAAUAUCCAUUCCAAGCAAGGUAAAAGUAAAGCCAUCUCCACCUGCACUUCCCAUUUUACUGUGGUUCUUUUAUAUUAUGGAACUGCAUUCUUCACGUAUUUGAGACCCGCUACUAAGAACUCCUUGGAGCAAGAAAGGAUGACUGCAAUUCUCUUCACAGUCAUCACACCAGCAUUAAAUCCUAUUAUCUAUACUCUGAGAAAUAAGGAUGUGAAAAGGGCUCUUAGAAAAUUGGUCUUACAAAGCUUAUUGGUCAAACAAAUACAAUACUAUUGA